GUUUGCAUCGCUAAUAUUUAACAAAGCAUGAAUUGCUUUAUAUAUUAUGAUUAAAGUAUGUCUAAUCUUAAAUUCCCAUCGUUUAAUUUUCCAUACACGUCCUCUGAAGAUUUAAGGCAGUUUUUUGUGGAUUAUGGUCGGACAGGGCUGGUACAUGUGUAUAAAAAUGGGCCAAAGGUUGAAUGUAUACCACAGAAGAAAGAAAUGAAUGAAAAUAUAAAGGUCAGACUCAUUUCUGAUAAACCAACACUACCGUUGAAUCUCCCGGGUAAAAUUUCUGGUACUGAGCUGAACCAUGCUUUUGAUACAGAGCAACAAACACACAGUAAGGGAUUGGAUUGGGAAGAGUCUGUGACAAACUUAACCACAGAUCAUGGUGUGGUUGUAUUUGGAGGGCUUGCUGAUGUGAUCGGUACCGAGGCUGCGGCAUUAUCAUGGUGCCCACCACCAACGACUUUGCGGAAUUUAACAAAAUUUGAUCCAUUCUUAAAAAGAUUGGAAACAGACUUUUGUGACAUACCAUCAGGCCUUCUGACAGACCUAGUCCAAGAUUCCAAGGGAGAAGAGAAAGUGAUGGUAACUGGGAAAUACUAUGGUAACUGUCUGGCAUAUGCUAGGUCAACAUCAGCAACAGAAUCAGACAUAGUGUUGGUCUGCCCUGGAGGACCUACUAUGAGUGAACUGUGUUUUAGUCGUUUAGAAAUUGAUGAUGAAGAGGAAAGGGGUUCCUCUGUCAGGUUGUCAUCAAGAACAGGCAGUUUUAGUUUGCCAGAGAAGAUCUGUGAAAUCAGCAUGGGAAAUGAGAUUGAACAAGGUGGUAUAAUUGCUGUUAGAACUGAUCACAGAUGCUGGUUUUUUGGAAAUCAAUCCAGCGAAGGUUUGGAGGUAUUGAAGUGUUUUUGUAUUUUGGGAUGGGGUGGGGUUUGUCUCCCUCUGCCCCCCCCCCCUCCCCUCCUCCUUGUGACUGCUGCUGGUAGGACUGAUAGUCAUUCUAUCUAGAUGCAUUAAUGGGAACUUUGGUUAACCUUUCUUUAGAAACCAAUAUUUCUUGGAAACCUACAAUGUAAAUCUAAACCAUGUGCUGUUACUGUAAGCCCAUACAUUCCUGAAGAGGUUAUUGUUGCUAUGGAGACAGGAAGUUUGUGGCUGUGGAAUGCAGAAGACAGUUCGGUUCAAGUCAUCCGACAAUCUUCAUCAUGUUCUCGUGAAGAAUUUGAUUGGUAUUCCAGCGAGUUUGGCUCUCAUCCCAGACAAGUUGUACGAGGGAAUCAGACUAACGUGGAACUUAUUGACCUACGAGUAUGAUAUUUAUUCUCAAAUAAGUUGCCAUGGCAACAGAUGGUGGUCAACCUCAGAAACGUUCAUGAAAAUUAACUAUUUCUCUCUUUUCUAUUCAUUGCCAACAAGACUAUUAGAAUUGAUAUUAUUCUCUCACUCUGAUAACUGCAGGUUGACCAUAGCCAGCGAGCUGUACCCACCUAUAUUGAUCCAAGUGUAAUACAUAUUUUUUAGGGUGGCUCAUCAACCAGUCAAGAUCUCAUGACUUUACCAUCAUCACAUUUCUUUCCUGACGACAAGUUUACCACCAUCCAACGUUACCAUGACAACCCUUACCACUACAUUCUGGCCACCACUCAAUCUCUUGCAAUCAUGGACACACGCUUCCAACAACACCCUGUGCUGAAGUGGUGCCACUCUCUGGAGUAUCCUGUGAAGUACAUCAAUGUACUACCAGAUCCUACAAGUGCAGAUGUGUUGGUGUUUGUAGGAAGUUAUGAAAGUCGUGAUGUUCAUUGCUUCCAAUAUUGCUACGGUGAGAAUUGGAGUUAUCCAUUGGGAAUGAUGGAUGACUUGACAAGCAUUCUACCUCCUAGAUCAACCUCAAAUCCAUGGAAGGUGUAGUAUUAAUUCAAUUAUAUUCUGUUAGGAUUGUGGUGCUCAACUUCAUUAAAUAUUAUUCAUCGUGGUUGCACGUUUCAUCUCAGCUAUUCCUAUUGGACGAUUACGUAAUUAUACGAAAAUACAGUGAGCUCAAUCACCGUGACCAUCAACAAAUUAACAUAAACUCAGACAGAAACAUAACACAAUGACUUCUUUUUUUUCUGUGUUGGUGUAGUGUACUCAGUAUGUACUUGUGAUGUACUCAGUAUGUACUCAGUAUGUACUUGUGAUGUACUCAGUAUGUACUUGUGAUGUACUCAGUAUGUACUCAGUAUGUACUUGUGAUGUACUCAGUAUGUACUUGUGAUGUUACUCUGAGUGCAUAUCCACACUGGGCAAGCUUGAAAAAUAUGCCUGGCCAUGGUGGCCAGUUCGAUUCCCACCGUGGCCAGGCUGCCCAGGCAUAUUUUUCAAGCUUGUCUGGUGUGGAUAUGCACUCAGAGUAACAUCACAAGCAACAAUGACUUCUGUUUAGUUUCCAGACAUAUUAUGCUUUUAUUCUUCCUUCUCUAGAUAUCAUCAUACAGUGAAUGGCCAGAGAUGGUAGAGUAUCCCAACAAAGCUCAAAGCUAUCCCAAACUGACUGAAAGGCUGAGCCAACCUCUCCUUGGUCUCUCCUGUAUUCCUAACUCUGCCAAAACAUCUCUUGUUGUGGUACAGUUAUCUAGUGCUGGCGAUUUAUUCUACCAAAACCUUUUCCCACACGAGAGUAAGCUUAAAGAAGUCAGAGACGAAGGAAGCGUGCAGUAUUACGAAGAUUUAGACCUGGAUUUGACAGCUAGUGGUGGUUGUGGCAGCAGGAAGCCAAAUUUAGGGGGAAAUGAGCAAGAAUUCGUCACAAAGUGGGUGGAAUGUCUUAUGGAGCAUGUUGAUGAAGACAAUAAAGAUACGCUAGGAGAUUUAGAUGAAAAUUAUGAUUCAAAAGAUGUUGGUAUUAUUCGAGAGGAAUUGUUUUCAUGCUUGGCAGAAAUUGAAGUUCAUUGUAGUUUAUGUAGUGAUGGAGGUUUGCGAGGCUCUUCUGCCAACAGUGAUAGGACAACACAAGUUAUGAAUGCUUCUGGUCGCAGUGUUGACCCAGCAGAGAUUUGUCCUUAUUGCAAGAUGUCUAAAGAGCUCUCUGAUCAAAUUGACAAGGUUAGGAAAGCAGAUUGUCAAAGGAGAGUUCUAACAAGAAAAUGUCUAGGUUUGAACUAUGAAGCAGGAACAUUGCAAUUGUUUGAUGAAGGUAUACAAUGUAGUGAACCGCUUGGAAAUGUUUUGUUAAAGAAUUGGUAUUCGGACGAGGCAGUGCCUAUUGACCUUUCAGGAAAGCAGAACAACGAGACUGAGGAUGACAAGCUCGACGCUGUUAAAACAUGGUUAGAAAAAGAGCAACGGGAGAGUUCACAGGUCACACGCGAUACUACGCCAGUCAGGAAUACAGAUCAGAAUAUGGAUUCGACGGUUAGGAAAACACGCGAGAAUAUCAAGUCACCGGCCAGAAAGAGGAAUGAAGAUGAUGAGAAGAGAGAGGGGAAAAGUCCAUUGAAGAAGAAACGUUUGGAAACUUUAACGAAUCAGCAUACUGCUGUAAAGGAAAAACACGUAGCUUCGCCAAACGUUAGAGAACUUAGAAACGUGAACCAAGAAUUUUUAUCCCUUGAAACUAAAAAACUUUCUCCAAACUCCGUGAGAUCACCUAAGACACCAACUAAAGCGACUGUCUUAAAUAUUGCUUCUCAAAGCAGCUCGAACAAUUUUGGCUCGCCUAAUCUCAGUCAAGAGCCUCAAGUUGUUUCAAGAGAAAAGACAAAUGCCAAGAAUUUGCGCACUCCUGAUAAAACCACGUCCCAGAGAGGUCAGAGAAGCCAGAAUUCAACUCCAAAUCUAGUUGAUAAAUCACCUAGAAAUCCAUUGAAUUCACCAUUAGCAACAACUGGUAGUCAAACAAGAACCCCGACGAAGAAAAAGAUUGCUAGAAUACCAGGAUUUUGACUCUUGAUAACUACGUGUAGACGAUUGAAACUGUGAAAUUCAAGCUUAGGAAAGAUAAAUAUUAAAACAAAAUUCAAAGUAGUAAAUAUUUUAACGUGUAGACAAGCAAAUUA